AUGACUUCCAAUCCUAAGCAAACGCAAUCGUGUGCACAAAGCGAUGAGAGAUCGAAAAGUAUCGUCAUCAACUCGACCUGUAGUAAAACUCAAAGCACGACAACAGUAAAAGGAGCUUUCUCGUAUAAUUCAUCGCACAAUGACGACACCCUGAGUAUGAUCACCACGCCCUGGAGUACGGAAUCUUGGAGCGAACGUAUCGACGAAAACCUCCCUGUUGAAGACAGUGAAGAAUCUUCUACAUUCUCCUCAUACACAGGCAGCUUAGACUCAUUGUACGCAUCGAGCAUUCAACCCAACUCCUCAACCACGUAUGGAAUACCCAGUCCUGAUAUUUACACUGAUACUAAGACUAGCAUCACGCUGCUGAAUCUUUAUUCCAUAAAAUCCAGCGACAACGUCACGCCUUCACCUAAGAGAAAUCCAAGUUCAGACACUUUCAGCUCUUGGACGAUACAAUCCUUCCAUAGUCCAGGUUUGCAGAACUCUGAUUCGCGCAUCAUCAAAGUGAAGUAUCCUUGGAGUCCUGAAACGAUCUCGGAUACAGAUAUAUUCUCAGAUGUCUAUCCCAGUAGUCUGGCGUCUCCAGCCUUACGUAAAGUAAGCAGGGAGUCGUUCAUCCCAUCGCCUAUAUCGCAAAUCUCAAGUGAAAAUAACCACAUUACACCUUUUAAAAACAUUUGCCUUGCAAACAUAAGAUCUCUCUGCUGGACUGGAGUUGAGAAGCAAUUUAUAAAGUAA